AUGGAAAGAGUAAACCACUGCAGCAGCAGCAGCAGCAGCAGCAGCAGCAGCAGCAGCAGCAGCAGCAGCAGUAGUAGUAGUAGUAGUGCAGCAGCAGCAGCAGCAGUAGUAGCAGCAGUAGCAAUAGCAGCAGCAGCAGUAGCUGCAGCAACAGUAGCAACAGGAGCAGCAGCAGCAGCAGUAGCAGUAGCAACAGCAGCAGUAGCAGCAUUAGCAGCAGGAGCAGCAGCAGCAGGAGCAGUAGCGGGAGAUGCAGCAGGAGAAGCAGCAGCAGCAGCAGCAGCAGUAGCAGUAGCAGUAGCAGCCGCAGCGGUAGGAGCAGCAGCAGGAGCAGCAGCAGUAGCAGCAGCAGCAGUAGCAGCAGCAGCAGUAGCAGCAGCAGCAGGAGAUGCAGCAAGAGCAAUAGCAGCAGCAGCAGCAGCAACUGUAGCAACAGGAGCAGCAGCAGUAGUAGCAGCAGUAGCAGCAGCAGCAGCAGCAGUAGUAGUAGCAGCAGCAGCAGCAGCAGCAGCAGUAGCAGCAGGAGCAGCAGCAGCAGGAGCAGUAGCGGGAGAUGCAGCAGGAGAAGCAGCAGCAGCAGCAGAGAUGCAGCAAGAGCAAUAG